AUGGUAAAACAACGUCGUUCGUUUUUUGUCGAUGAUAUCUUACAUAUGGUAAUGCCAGUAAAUAAAAAUACAAAUUAUUCCAAUCAAAUUAACGAUCGUAAACGUAAACGAUCAAUCAUAUCUGAAGAUAAUAAUAAAGAAGAAAACGAUAGUAUCGAAGAUGAUAUAUCAAAUAAAAAAUUUCGAUCAUAUAACAAUGAAAGAAAGGAUAAUGAUGAUGAUGAUGACGAUGACAAUGGUGAAUCAAAAGAUUCACAAAUACUCAAUGCAUCAGGAGAUGGUGGCACUGGUGAAGAGUCAUCAUCUGGUGAUGAUAGUAAUAGCGUCAAUCGUUAUAGUGAUGAUGAUUUAUGUGCAUCAAGUUCAUGUUUGGCAGCAAUUAAUUUACGAAAAAAUAAAAAACAACGCAAACCACGCACAGCCUUUACCGAUGCUCAAUUAAAUACAUUGGAGAAAAAUUUUGAACGACAAAAAUAUUUAAGUGUACAAGAACGAUUAGAACUUGCAAAUCGUCUUCGUCUUUCUGAUACACAGGUAAAAACAUGGUAUCAAAAUCGAAGAACUAAAUGGAAACGACAAGCAUGUCUUGGACUUGAAUUAUUUGCUGGCGCCACAUUACAACGUUGGAUUCAACGACAACCACAUUUACUUGCUGCUGCUGCUGCUGCUGCGUAUCGACCACCAGGAGAUAUGACUAGUGCUAUCGGUCCAUUUGGUUCAGCUCUAUUAAGCGAAGCAAAAGCAGCAGUAGCAGCCAAUCCUAAUAUUCAUAUAUUUUCUCCGGCAUCUCUUACUUUCCAUCGUCAAGAAUAA